CAGUGAAAACAGUUUUGAAUCAGAAAAAUAUGCAUAUGAUUCUAGCCCCCUUUAUCUCUCUGAUCAAGACUUGCUGUUACAAAAUUUCUGUUCGAUUCAAACUUCAUACCCGUCUCUCUCUUGUUCCCGCAUUGCUGGUAUCUUGACGAUGCCGAAAUCUUACUCUGCUAUUCAGUAACGAAGGCAUCUUGAAAAUUCAGGAAGGUGCUUCCGAUGCCAUAAACAGUAAUUUUUUGGUUGAGGAAUUUCAUUGCGAUUUCAGUCAGAGCUUGCCCAACAUUUUUGUUCUGUUUCUGGCUUCGCCAUUGAGAUUUUGGAGUAUUUCACUUUUGAAGGAUCAUGAUCAUCACUGAUGAUUGCCAGAAUCGAUGUUUAGCUGGACGAAUGUAAGGGAGAAUGCUACUGACUCUCUUAAUCCAAAGAAAACAGAGGUUAUAGAGAUCAACACAAGUCCACCUUUCCAGUCUGUCAAAGAUGCUGUCACUCGACAUGAUGAAGGUUCUUUCUUUGAGGAAAAACCUGCUGUUAAGAAGGCGAAACCUCAUUCUGCAGAGCGAUUCUUUGCCAAUGAGUCCCAAAUUCACUUAGCCCGGAAAGACCUUAACACAUUGAAAGAACAAUUAGAAAUUGUAGAAACUACCAAGGCUGAAGCCUUAGUGGAGCUUGCAAAGGCUAAAAGAACUGUUGAUGAUUUGACACACAAGCUAAAAACUCUUGGUGAAUUUAAGUUAGAAAUUAAGGUAACAAAAGCCUCAAAGAGUCAAGCGAAAGAGCUUAACAAAGCAAACGGUGGCAAACUAGACGAAAUGAAUGGUUCUUGCAAAGCGGAGUUAGAAACAGUAGUUAAAAGGCAUGCAUACGUUGUUACAAAACUUAGUGAGGCAAAGCAAGAACUGUGGAAGGUUUUCCAGGAUUAUAAUUCAGCAUUUGAAGCAAGAGUUUUUGCUUUCAGGCAAGUGGCAGAAGUUAAGGAUGCGAUGAAGAUGGACACUGAAAGAGCAUCUGAGCUGUCUAGAGAAAUCUCAGCUGUACAGGAGUCCAUAGAGCAAAAGAAACUUAACUCUGUGCAAGAACAGGAACAAGAAGGAGCAAAGGUGUCAGUUGAGAAAGAUGUUUUAGAACAAUCAUAUAAGGCUACCCUUGAUAAGUCACAAAAGAAAUUGUCUGCUAUGAAGAUGGAUGUCAACCCUGAUCUCACCAAAAAUCUUGAAGCCGAGCUGGCUCAGACAGUGGAUAAAAUUGAGGCUAUUCAAAAGGAAAUGAUAAAUAUAAAGACAUUAGGAUUGGACUCUGUGAAAAGUGUCACUUUUGAGCUUGAUGAUGCUAAGAAGUCACUACAGGAAGUAGCAGAAGAAAAAAUCUCUCUUACAAGCUUGGUGCAGACUCUUAAGCUGGAACUAAAGAAUGUGGCAAGAGAGCAUUCUGAAUCCAAGGACAAAGAAUCAGAAACUGAAUCCAUUGUUGGCGAUCUGCAGGUCAAACUUCAGGCAAGUAGGUUCGAGUAUGAAGCCUGCUUUUCUGAAGAAUCUAAAGUCAGAGGUUCAUCUGAGGAAAUGAUCUUGACACUGAACCAGUUGUCAUCUGAAACUGAAAAUGCACGACGGGAUGCGGAUGAUAUGAAGAACAAGGCUUCCGAGCUGAAGAAGAAAACUGAAGUCAGUAAACUUUCAUUUGAAGAUUCAGAGAAAAAGCUUAUACUAGCUCGGGAAGCAGCAGCAGUAGCAAAAGCAGCAGAAGCAUCUGCCGUUGAUCAUAUUAAGGUCUUAUCUGAGAUUACUAGUGCUGCAGGUUCCACAACUUCUGAAUCUGAUACUAAAGUUACAAUCUCAACUGAGGAGUUCGAGUUGUUAAGUCAUAAAUUUGAAGAGUCCAAUAAAUUAGCAGACAUGAAAGUGGCUGCUGCCAUGGCACAGGUUGAAGCAGUGAACGCUAGUGAAAAUGAGGCUCUUAAAAUGCUAGAGGCAACUCAGAAGGGAAUCAAUGAUAUGAAAGCAACAGCACAAGAGGCCUUGAAAAGGGCUGAGAUGGCUGAAGCAGCUAGUAUGGCAGUGAAGAGUGAACUUCGAAGGUGGCGUGAUUGUGAGCAGAAGAAAGAUGCAGCAGCUGCAUCUGGAAUAUUUGAAACACAGAUGUCAUCAGAAUCACAUCCACAGCAUUAUAGGAUUCAAAAACAAAAUGCACCUCCAAUGACUGUUGAUGUACAAAAUUCUGGGAAAGAGAAGAUUUCAGCUUCGAAGAAAGUACUCAAGCCCAAAAUUAGCAGCAUCUUUUAACGGUAAAAAGAACAGGUUGACAGUAGAUCUCUACCUUGAGAUGGGCAGAAUUUCGUAUGAAAGUUUCUUAUAUUUUGUGCAGCUCAUGAAUGUGAGAGGAACAUACAAUUCUUUUUUCAGUUUUUGUACACUUGACACCAACUUGAUUUGAUUCUGCUAUUGUCAGCCUUUUACAAAAACCUACUCGUACUUAUCUGACCUCCCUCUUUUUCAUAUAGGGAAAUGCACAUAAUCACUGCAAUAUCAUACUCACAAGUCACACACCGGCCUCUUCCUUCACUACCUGAGGUAUAGAAUCUACAUCCUUCCCCUUCUAAAGAGGUGUGGGUUGUUAAUGAGUCAAGAGGCUCUUGAUGGCAAUUGCCAUCUCUAUUUGAGAACAAUGUGUAAGAUGUCAGCAUUUUAGAGACAAAAAGGUAUGAGGUAAAGAGGACCAAUUAUUAUAGAACCAAUUUGGUAUGAUCUCUUUCAUUCAA